AUGCUUAAACAUUCCGUUUUAAUGAAUAAAUUUUAUCAAUUUAAGAAAGAAAGAAACAAAAUUCUUGAAACUCUUGGUGCACCUCACGUUUCAUCGUUUGAUCACUUCCUUUCCGAAGAAAUACAAACUGUUAUUGCUAUCAUCGAACCCAUUGAGUUUGAACUCUCAAAAGGAGGGAAAAAUCAAGAUUCGCAUCAAAAAUUAUUCCAUUGCAAAACCACAAAUAAAUCAACAAAUUGA